AUGUCGAUUAAAGCAGACGGCAUCUGGGCCGCUUCACCAUCCACAACCCGAGGCCAAUCGACUCCCCUUAGUUCCAGCUCCGAUGGCCAGUCAAUAGCCUACGCCGCCAACAAGUCCAUUUUCGUUCGCAACAUCGACGACCCGAGUAUUGCAAGACAAUACACGGACCAUAUCACUCAGACCACCGUUGCUCGUUUCUCUCCCAGUGGCUUCUACGUAGCCAGCGGUGAUGUCUCGGGUACCGUACGUGUGUGGGACUGCAAGGGUGAAGGUGCCACCAAGGGAGAAUACCACAUCAUUGCUGGUCGCAUCAACGACAUUGCCUGGGAUGGCGACUCGCAGCGUAUCAUCGCCGUGGGUGAUGGUAAAGAGCGCUUCGGUCACUGCAUUACCGCAGACAGCGGAAACAGCGUAGGAGAGAUCUCAGGACACAGCUCUCAGAUCAACUCCGUGUCCAUCCGCCAACAGCGUCCUCUGCGUGCUGCCACUGGUUCCGACGACACUAGCUUAGUCUUCUACCAUGGCGCUCCAUUCAAGUUCAACACCAGUAUUCGCGGGAAGCACGACAAGUUCAUCUAUGGCACUGCAUUCAGCCCUGAUGGUGCCUCCCUAGUCAGUGUGGGCAGUGAUAGGAAAAUCUGGUUAUACGACGGCAAGACUGGUGAGGCCAAGAACCAGAUCGGUGAGGGCGAGCACAAGGGCAGCAUUUUUGGUGUCUCAUGGGCCAAGGACUCGAAGAAGCUCGUCACUGCCAGUGCUGAUCAGACUGUGAAGAUCUGGGACGUCGAGGCUGCCAAAUGUGUUCAGACCUGGCGCAUGGGCGAGGAGGGCUCAGUGAGCAUUGCCAACCAACAAGUCGGUGUCACCUGGCCCAGCGGACGUAGUGACGGGCUCGUUAUCAGUGUCGAUUUGGAUGGCAACCUCAACUACCUUCAAGAAGGCAAUGACAAGCCUGUGCGUGUCGUUCACGGCCACCAAAAAGCGAUCACAGCUGCUGGGUACACUCCAGGAGAGAAGACCCUCUGGACUGGAAGUUACGACGGCCGCGUACGUGCUUGGGAUAUAUCCACUGCAGAGGCUAAGAACGUGGAUGGCGAGUCGCCCAAGAACUAUGUCAGCGCUUUUGCGCCAUCAGAAAGCGAUGGCCGUAUCUACUCCGUCUCCUGGGAUGACACUCUAAGAACCAUUGAUGCUUCUACGCAUUCCUUCACUGGCUCUUCCAGCAAGACCGACGGUCAACCCAAAAGCGUUGCCGUCGCUAGCUCAGGUUCGAAGCCUGUAACUUUGGUGGCCACCAGCUCCGCCAUUACCCUCUACAAGGACAACGAACAGGUUGGAUCUCUGCCUGUCUCAUUCACACCUACCAGCAUCGCUGCCAAGGGUGAUAUCGUUGCUGUCGGUGCAGAAGACAAGAUCGUUCGCAUCUAUACUCUCUCAGGAACAUCCCUCUCUGCUGCUGCUGAGAUACGUGAUGCCACAGCGGCCAUCUCGACUCUUGCCUUCUCUCCUGCUUCAACGUGUCGUCUCGCUGUUGGUCUUAGCAACGGCAAGAUCUACGCCUACACCUCAUCCUCACCUUCAGAAUGGACGCUGACCACCAACCGCUGGUCUGCCCACACUGCUCGUGUGACCUGUAUCACUUGGUCUCCCGACGGUGACAAGGCAGCCAGCGGUGGUCUUGACACAAACAUCUUCGUUUGGAGUCUGACUGACCCAGGCAAGCGUGUGAAGGCCAUGAAUGCUCACAAGGAUGGUGUGGGCGGUAUCGCCUGGGCGGAGUCCACCAAGGUCAUCAGCUCUGGAGCCGAUGCUGCUGUCAAGGUCUGGAAGGUUGAGAACGUGCAAUAG